CCCAAAGCCCUAUUGAAAAGACGAGCGCAAUUCUCUUCUGAUGUUUCUACACCUUCCCUUUUUCAUCAUAGUAUAAUGUUCUUUUUCAGAAAAAAAGCCACUUUUUUACAAAAAUUCAAGUGGUACAUUUCCACCAAAGCUGUAUAGUCACCUAAUAUAGAAGCUUCAAAUCUGUUAGUUCAAUGUAUGUAGACAUCAUUUGGAACCAUAUUCAUAUCCCACUGUUCAAAAAGGCUCCCACAUGAAAAACAUUAACUGAGUGAAGCACUGUUGCAGCACUAACCUUAAAGUGGGGUUUUAGUGUUUUACUCUAUUUACUAUUUGUGACAAUUACUAGCAUCUAGUUUUAAAACCCUAUAAGUUCCAGCAAAUGUUUGUUGUAAAGAUUGAAAGGAGAACAACAUGAAUGUAGGUUGUGUCCUUUAUUAUUUCUAGCUGGAUAAUUGCCAAGUUUAUAUUCGAUCCUCAAGCCGCAUGUUUUGUUCCGUAGCAUGAUUUAAGUCUCACACCCGGGUUUCCCCAAACACUUCAAAGAAACAAAAGCAUGGAUGCAUCACUACCAACCGAUGCUUCUGCUGCUUCUGAUCAUGUCUUUUCUGUUGAAAGACAUGAUGAGUUGCAACUUAGUCAUGAGGACCGCAAGCGAAUCACUGAACGAACCAAAUGGGUUCUUGAUUCGCCUGAGCCUCCUGGUUUUCGCCAAGAGAUUCUUGGCUCUAUCAAAAACGCCGUUUGUUCUCAGAAAAACAACAAACGCAGUUCGUCACAACCCCCAUUGGCUUGGGUUGUGGCCUUUUUGCGUUCGGUAUUUCCCAUACUAAGUUGGGCUAGGGAUUACAAGGCUUCAAUGUUCAAGGAUGACCUGCUUUCAGGGCUAACUCUUGCUAGCCUAUGCAUACCUCAGAGUAUUGGGUAUGCAGCUUUAGCCCAACUUAAUCCUCAGUAUGGCCUAUACACUAGUGUGGUACCUCCUUUGAUAUAUACAACAAUGGGGACUUCACGAGAGCUAGCCAUCGGUCCGGUUGCUGUGGUUUCCCUGCUGAUAUCUGCCAUGUGCUCCAAAGUAAUAAAUCCUGUUGUUGAUCCUACAUCAUACACUAAGCUUGUGUUCACUGUCACUUUCUUCACUGGUGCUUUCCAAGCUCUUUUCGGCUUGUUCAGGCUGGGUUUUCUUGUCGAUUUUCUGUCGCAAGCGGCUAUAGUAGGUUUCAUGGCAGGUGCAGCCAUUGUUAUAGGUCUCCAACAGCUCAAGGGUUUGCUUGCCAUUAGCCAUUUCACCACAAAAACUGAUGUUGUUUCCGUGUUGAUUGCCGUUGCUAAAUCAUUCCACACUUCAUGGUACCCUCAGAAUUUCAUCCUUGGAUGUUCAUUUCUCAUCUUCAUCCUGAUCACGAGAAUUAUUGGAAAAAAGAACAGAAAGUUAUUCUGGUUACCCGCAGUCGCUCCUCUACUAUCGGUAAUUAUCUCAACUGCGAUCGUCUACCUAACUAGAGCUGAUAAGCAUGGAGUUAAAAUAAUCAAGCAUGUCAAAGGAGGAUUGAAUCCAAGUUCAGUUAAUCAGUUGCAGUUCAACAGUCCACAUCUCAGAGAAUCAGUAAAAAUUGGGCUCGUUUGUUCGGUCAUUGCUCUAACGGAAGCUGUGGCAGUUGGCAGGUCUUUUGCUACAGUAAAGGGGUAUAAUAUGGAUGGGAAUAAAGAAAUGAUAGCUAUGGGGGUUAUGAAUAUUGCUGGAUCUAUGACUUCUUGCUAUGUUGCCACAGGUUCAUUUUCGCGCACUGCUGUAAACUUUUUUGCUGGCUGUCAAACAGCUGUGUCUAACGUAGUCAUGGCCAUCACGGUGCUCUUAAUGCUACAAUUUUUAACGGGGCUACUAUACUACACUCCGGUUGCCAUACUAUCCUCGAUUAUCUUAUCUGCACUACCGGGACUAAUCAACUAUACGGAAGCUUAUAAUAUCUGGAAAGUUGACAAACUCGACUUUUUGGCUUGUGCCGGAGCUUUCUUUGGUGUGUUGUUUGCGUCAGUUGAGAUAGGUCUUAUGGUUGCGAUUGCUGUUUCAUUUGCUAAGAUAAUUCUCAAUGCACUGCGCCCUCGCGUGCAAGAACUAGGAAGGCUUCCGGGAACAGAUAUCUUCUGUGAAGUUGAUCAGUAUCCUGUCGCGCAAGCGGUUCCAGGCGUUCUAAUAAUCCGACUCAAUUCUGGCUUGCUUUGCUUUACAAAUGCAAAUCCCCUCAGAGAUAGGAUAUUGAAUUGGGUAGCCGAAGAGAACGGAAAAGAAGACGUUAAAAGACCAAUCAGUGGAAUAAUCCUCGACAUGUCUAGUGUCACCAACAUUGAUUAUGCCGGAAUUCUAGCAUUGGAAGAAACUAACAAGAAGUUGCUUUCAGGAGGUAUCAAAUUGACAAUCGCUAGUCCAAGAUGGCAAGUGAUUCACAAACUAAAAGUAGCAAAGUUCGUAGAUAAAGUUGGAAGAGACUGCAUCUUCCUCACUGUUUGUGAAGCUGUUGAUUCCUUUGUUGGUUCCAAGUUCACAGGUCCUGGCAAUUGUUGAUCAAUGAUUUUAUCUACAGCUUCUAUUGAAUGAGAUUGAUCCUUAAACAUUUUCCUUAGAAGCUAAACUCCUUUAAUAUGUAAAAGUGGAUUUCAGUUAUGUAUAAUAUGAUACUUUGUGUUGUUUUCACUCAACUGUUGUUGUUAGUAAAUAAAAACAAAACAAUGGGUAUCUUAUAGAACCCCUAUCAUGAACCAGAUGCAAUGUAUUUCACUUUUCGUGUAACAUAUAUAUUAGUUAUUGCAAACAAAAUGUAAUGCAAA